CGGGGCCAUCCCAAAACAACUGACAGCAUGUUGCAUUCUCAACGGCCCAGGUUGGUGGUGUUUUCAUAGUAGUUCUAAACUCGGCUUUUUGUGGCUCUCGAGUACUCAAUAUCCAAGGCGGGGUUUCGAGAGCUUAGCGACCGAUCUUCUGCUGAGUUCUCGCACAUCGGGAACUCAACUUGUCUGUGCCCAUGCGCAGAUUCUGGGCCAUGAUGCAGUCGGCCCCUACAGCUUCUUGGCGAUUCGCGCCGCUAAGCAGGCCGUACACUCCCAGCCCGCAGACACGGAAACUGGAAGGCAUCGUGUUCGACGUUGACGGGACAUUAUGUAAGCCGCAAACAUACAUGUUCGCCGAGAUGCGCGCCGCGCUGGGCAUCUCCAAAGGCACCGACAUCCUCGAGCACGUCUACAGCCUGCCGACGGCGGAGGCGCAGCACCGCGCGAUGGAGCAGAUCCGCGACAUCGAGCGGCGCGCCAUGCUGGAGCAGGUGGCCCAGCCGGGCCUGCAGCGGCUCAUGGCCUACCUCGACGCGCGCGGCGUGCGCAAGGGCAUCUGCACGCGCAACUUCGACACGCCCGUCAACAACCUGCUGAGCAAGUUCCUCGCCGGCAGCGUGUUCGCGCCCAUCGUCACGCGCGACUUCCGCCCGCCCAAGCCCGACCCGGCCGGCAUCCUGCACAUCGCCCGGAGCUGGGGGCUGCUGCGGCGGAGCGCGGGCGAGACCGGUGUGCCCGCGGAUGCGCAGGAGGAGGAGGACCGCCGGCGACAGCGGCGGCGGCGGCGGCGGUCGUCGUCGGCUGGGGAGGAGGGCAGUGCAGGCCAGGACGGGGAGGAGGCGGAUGGCGGGGACCUGCUGCAGACGGAGGCCGGGGAGGAGGUUGCCGACGCGAGCGGGCUGAUCAUGGUCGGCGACAGCAUCGACGAUAUCACGGCGGGGCGUCGGGCAGGAGCCAAGACGGUCCUGCUGGUCAACGACGCCAACCGACACUUGGCGGACCACGAGCACACCGAUCUGGUGAUAUCGCGACUAGAUGAGUUGAUAGACGUUCUCGAGAAUGGAUUGCUUUAGAAAAAGCAGUCAACGAAAGUUGAUUCAGGACAGGCAGAGCACAGCACCCCACAACCCGGUAAGACGGCUCCAUAAUUCUGUGUCUAGAGCGACUAGAAAAGAUACCGCUAAGUUUGCCAUACGACAU